AUUGAUUUUAAAAUAAGAACGAUAGAAUUAGACGGAAAGAAAAUAAAACUACAGAUAUGGGAUACAGCAGGUCAAGAAAGGUUUCGUACAAUAACUACAGCAUAUUAUCGUGGUGCAAUGGGAAUAAUGUUAGUUUAUGAUGUGACCAACGAGAAGAGCUUUGAAAAUAUAAAAAAUUGGAUUAGGAACAUUGAAGAAAAUGCGUCGGCGGAUGUUGAAAAGAUGCUUUUGGCCAAUAAGUGUGAAGUCACAGAAAAACGACAAGUUUCAAAGGAACGAGGAGAACAACUUGCUGUUGAGUAUGGAAUUAAGUUCAUGGAGACCUCGGCUAAGUCCAGCAUCAACGUUGAAGAGGCAUUUUAUACCCUUGCACGAGAUAUUAAAGCUAAAAUGGAAAAGAAACUGAAGGAGGCGUCAAAUCCACCAAAAGGAGGCGGACAUCAGUUGAAGGCAUCCGAGCCACAGAGGAAACCACCAAGUUGGCUCGCACGAUGUUCUAUACUCUGACCCUUUGGCCGGCAUAACUUUGACCGUCACCUUCUACUCUUUAUCUUCGGUCUCCUUCGCUCGCUUCACGAUGCGAGUCCUUCUGUGAUUUUACUCCUUGAUGGCCACCUUCGUUUUCCUCCGUCGCUGCCGAUCUCUCUUUUUUACUGAUUACUUAUAGGAUCUCUUUUAUCCUGGAGGAGAAACUCACUUUCCUCUCUUGAAAGAACGGAAAAGAAAAGAAAAGAAAAGAAAAGAAAAGAAAAGAAAGGAAAACAGAAAACAGAAAACAGAAAACAUAUAUAAGGAUUCUGAAAGGAAACGAUCGCGGAUUGUGAUAAUUUUCUAAACGACGUUAAAGUGAUUUCAAGACGCAAAAUUCGAAGAAACGACCAUAAUAUAUCCCCCAUUCCCCUUUGUCUAAUUUUAUAAAAUGAGGUGUCAUAGCAAUGUAUCUUGAGUGUAAUUUAUUAUGCGGUUCAAGACCUUACGAUUAAGUAGUAUAAACAGGUGGUAGAAUCUGUAGUCAAAGGGGAUGACGACUCUAAUUAAUAGAAUAAUCAACGAAUAAUUUAGAAUAUAAAAUUAACGCUGAGUGAUUUUUUUAACUGAAGUAGUCGGUAAAUAUCGCCAUCUGCACAUUCUUCUUUUCCUUUUCCUUUUCUUUUUUUUUUCUGGUUACAUUAAGGGGACUUGUAAUUGCAGAGGUUGUAAAAUUACUUCAUCCAGGAGAGGUGACGUAACGACUAACGAUACGAGGUUAAAUACUUGUAAAAGCAAUAACGUGAAAAAGAAUUAUUUUAUUUGCAUGCUGUUUCAAUGAAUGCACAAAGUAAUGCAAGUUCAAAUCGAUAGUGCAGGAAAAAGAAGAGAACAGAACAGCAAAUACUUGUUUUGUACUACGUGCAACAAAGUUUCUCCUCCAUUUUGUCAAACGAUCAAGGGGUACGAUCGAUUUUUAAUGCAUCUGUAUUCAUUUUAUUUAAACAAAUGGAAAGGGAACAUUUCCCUCACGAAUUGCAGGGAAAUCGUCUUUCUCUUGUAUUAGUUCGAAGAUAUUUGUUUAUAACAAAAAGAAGGGGGUACGGAUAGGUGAACAAUGGGCGGUCAUUUUUUAUAUAUAAAUAUAUACAUAAAUAUGCAUAUAUAUGUAUAUGUGUACACACGCGUGUACACGUGUAUAUAUAGAUAUAUAUCUAUAUAUAUAUAUAUAUAUACACACACACACACACACACACGCGCGCGCGCAGGCAGGUAGACACAUGACACGUACGCUG